AGUUCUCUCGAGUUCCAUGAAUAUUAGAAAGAGAAAGUAACAUUUUUUUCUAAUAUAAUCUAGGAGCUCUAUAACCCAUCAUAGUGGAUCCUUGUACAGGAAAAGUUAUGCCUUUCUUUCUUAAAAAGUGCUAUACCUUGCAUGUUUAAUUUAGUUAGAUUUUAGAAGUUACACGAUAUAUAGUUUUUCCACUAUAUUUAUCACAAAAUGUCAAUAGUUGAUUUGUUCAGAGUUUCACACUUGCCUUCCAAUAAAUUUUUCCUCUCUAUAUGUCAAAGUAUAUUAGAUUGAAUUGGGACAAGUGGAGGUAAACAUAUGAAAAGCCAUCUAUGAACCAUACCUAAUGAGAAAAGUUUUGUUGUUGUGGAACUGUAUGAGAAAUAUCUGAUUUAAACACGGAGCUCAUUGAAAGUCUUAAUAAGGGAGAACUGCCAAAGAGUGAAUAUGCAUGAAAAAUCUCUAGCGGUAAGAAAAAGAAUGUUUGGUCGUGCUUGGCCCUAUAGAGCUAAUUUGAGAGAUGGAAUUGUUCCAAGUUGGCCAGAAAUUACAAGCAAUAGUCUCAGUGCUCCGGCUUGCGUUAACGACGAGGUUGCCAGGAAUUGGUUGAACAAUCUAGAGGUCAGGAAAGCUAUUCACACUGCAGAGGAAAGUGUAGUUAGGAGAUGGGAGUUAUGUACAUUCCAGCUUGAAUACGAUCAUGAUCUAGGGAGCAUGAUUCCUUACCACAAGAAUCUUACUUCAAAAGGAUACUCAGCAUUGAUAUUUAGUGGUGAUCAUGACAUGUGUGUCCCAUUUACCGGAACGGAAGCAUGGACAAGAUCACUUGGAUAUAAGAUUGUUGAUGAAUGGAGACCAUGGUUAAUCAAUGAUCAAGUUGCAGGGUUUAUACAAGGAUAUGCCAACAAUCUCACAUUUCUGACUAUAAAGGGAGCUGGACAUACUGUUCCAGAAUAUAAACCAGAGGAGGCAUUGUACUUUUACAAACAUUUUUUGGAUGGAACUCCUAUAUAAGAAAUAAGAAACUAGAGAAAGAUAGUUGUUUCAAAUUAUUAUUAUAUACUUGAUGGACUAGUUCAAAAGUGUAUGAAGAAAAUAAGUUAUUUCAUUAUUCACUUUGUAUCUUUCAAACAUUACACCUUUUUAAACAAGUGUAACUUCAUUGUAUCUUUUGUCUUCCUAUUUAUCUAUACUAACAAAUUUAAUCA